AGAAGAAGUCACAAUGACUGGAUUAUUCGAGAAAUCAACUAAUGAAGCAGGUAAUUGGGUUAGUGCUACAUUCGCAGAAGUAAUUGAAACCACAACAUUUACUGAGAGAAUAGUUACUGAAAUUGAUGGUGUUUUACAAACUAAAGAUGCUGAAGUAAUUGGAUACAACUACAAUGGAUUUGGAAUGUACUACUUAACAUCAAUAUUGGCAGAUCCAACUGAAGACAGACAUACAGUAACAGAAGCAGAAUUUACAGGAAUCGUGAGAGUAACUUCAGAUGAAGCAAAUUGGUGGUAUACUACAACAGAUAUAUUAUCAUCAUACACUAGCACUUUUACUAUUAAUGACGAUUUUGAACAAGCUACUCAUAUAGUAUAUGCAUUCAAUGAAGACGGAGAAUGGAUCACAUCUACUUCAACGCAUACCCCAGAAUCCCAAACUAGAUUAACUACAUACACUACUAAUGUUGAUGAUGAAGAAGUCACAAUCACAGGAUUAUUCGAGAAAUCAACUAAUGAAGCAGGUAAUUGGGUUAGUGCUACAUUUGCAGAAGUAAUUGAAACUACAACAUUCACUGAAAGAAUAGUAACAGAAAUUAAUGGUGUUUCACAAACCAAAGAUGCCGAAGUUAUAGGAUACAAUUAUAAUGGAUUUGGAAUGUACUACUUAACAUCAAUAUUAGCAGACCCAACAGAAGCUAGAUUCACGGUGACUGAAGCUGAUUAUACAGGAAUAGUUAGAGUAACAUCAGAUGAAGAAAAUUGGUGGUAUACUACAACAGAUAUAUUAUCAUCUUACACAAGUACUUAUACUAUCAAUGAUGAUUUUGAACAAGCUACCCACAUUGUAUAUGCAUCAGUCAAUGAAGACGGAGAAUGGAUCACAUCUACUUCAGCGCAUACCCCAGAAUCCCAAACUAGAUUAACUACAUACACUACUAAUGUUGAUGAUGAAGAAGUCACAAUCACUGGAUUAUUCGAGAAAUCAACUAAUGAAGCAGGUAAUUGGGUUAGUGCUACAUUUGCAGAAGUAAUUGAAACUACAACAUUCACUGAAAGAAUAGUAACAGAAAUUAAUGGUGUUUCACAAACCAAAGAUGCCGAAGUUAUAGGAUACAAUUAUAAUGGAUUUGGAAUGUACUACUUAACAUCAAUAUUAGCAGACCCAACAGAAGCUAGAUUCACGGUGACUGAAGCUGAUUUUACAGGUAUAGUCAGAGUUACGUCAGAUGAAGAAAAUUGGUGGUAUACUACAACAGAUAUAUUAUCAUCGUACACUAGCACUUUUACCAUCAAUGAUGAUUUUGAACAAGCUACUCAUAUUGUAUAUGCAUCAGUCAACGAAGACGGAGAAUGGAUUACAUCUACUUCAACACAUACUCCAGAAUCACAAACUAGAUUAACUACCUAUACCACUAGUGUUGAUGAUGAAGAAGUUACAAUCACCGGAUUAUUUGAGAAAUCAACUAAUGAAGCAGGUAACUGGGUUAGUGCUACAUUUGCAGAAGUAAUUGAAACCACUACAGUCACUGAAAGAAUAGUCACUGAAAUUGAUGGUGCUUUACAAACCAAAGAUGCCGAAGUUAUAGGGUACAAUUAUAAUGGAUUUGGAAUGUACUACUUAACAUCAAUAUUGGCGGAUCCAACAGAAGCUACAUUUACAGUGACUGAAGCUGAUUAUACAGGAAUAGUUAGAGUUACAUCAGAUGAAGCAAAUUGGUGGUAUACUACAACAGAUGUUUUAACCUUUGAGACAACAUCUGCUGAGAUAAUUGAAACUACAGAAACGACGAACGAGCUUUAUGUUGUUACCGGCGUGGAGGAAUCAUAUAAUAUUAUUGAAACUACAUCAGAGAUAUCAAUAGCCGAAACAGACUUUAUUGAAUCUACGUCAGAGAUAUCAAUAGCUGAAACAGAGUUUAUUGAAACAACGUCAGAGGUGUUAAUAGCCGAAACAGAGUUUAUUGAAACAACGUCCGAGAUAUCAAUAGCUGAAACAGAUUUUAGUGAAACAACGUUAGAGGUAUUAAUAGCUGAAACAAAUAUUCUUGAAACUAUGUCAGAGAUGUUAAUAGCUGAAACAAGUAUUAUUGAAACUACGUCAGAGAUAUUAAUAGCUGAAACAGAUAUUAUUGAAACUACGUCAGAGAUGUUAAUAGCUGAAACAAGUAUUAUUGAAACUACGUCAGAGAUAUUAAUAGCCGAAACAGAUAUUAUUGAAACUACAUCAGAGAUAUCAAUAGCCGAAACAGAUUUUAUUGAAUCUACGUCAGAGAUAUCAAUAGCUGAAACAGAGUUUAUUGAAACAACGUCAGAGGUGUUAAUAGCCGAAACAGAGUUUAUUGAAACAACGUCCGAGAUAUCAAUAGCUGAAACAGAUUUUAGUGAAACAACGUCAGAGGUAUUAAUAGCUGAAACAAAUAUUAUUGAAACUACGUCAGAGAUAUCAAUAGCUGAAACAAGUAUUAUUGAAACUACGUCAGAGAUAUUAAUAGCUGAACCAGAUAUUCUUGAAACUACGUCAGAGAUGUUAAUAGCUGAAACAAAUAUUAUUGAAACUACGUCAGAGAUAUCAAUAGCUGAAACAGAUUUUAUUGAAACUACGUCAGAGAUGUUAAUAGCUGAAACAAGUAUUAUUGAAACUACGUCAGAGAUAUUAAUAGCCGAAACAGAUAUUAUUGAAACUACAUCAGAGAUAUCAAUAGCCGAAACAGAUUUUAUUGAAACUACGUCAGAGAUAUUAGCUGAAACAGAUAUUAUUGAAACUACAUCUACAACAACAGGUGGUAUAGCUUCCUUUACAUCAGUUGAAUCGACUAUUAUUGAAACAACCGAAUCUUCCACCUACAAUGAUACAAAAAUGGAUGUGUCAACGGAAGGAGGUAGAAACUUAGACAUCUUCAGUGAAGAAACUACCACUAUAGAACAAUCAUCAACCAUUCUCACUUCGCAAGAACAAAUCACAACUAUUGCUGAAACAUCAACUAUGCUGACUUCUGAGGAUCAAGUUUCAAUCAACGAGUCCACUAGUGUUGUCGAAAUUGUUCCGACUGAGGAACUUUUUGUUGUAUAUGCAAUAAUGGAAGAAGAAUUAGAAACUUUCACAACUAAUGGUACUCAUAUUAAAUUAAUGGACGGAGAUCCAGUAAUAUUUGAAAUUGAUGAUGAUAUUUUACAAAUCGCAAACUUUGGAUAUAUUCAUGUUUCCACAUCAGGUGCAUUAGAAAUUGCUGAUAUCGAAAAUGCUACUAGAGGUUGGGCAUAUGAAAAUGGAACAUUAACUUUAGAUUUCAGUUUAUUGAAUUUAUUCAAGCGUGCAGAUGAAGUUGAAUUUUUUGCUUGUCCAGAUGAAUCAGGUUAUUACAUUCAAAUAAAUACAAUGAAUAGUCAAGCAUGUGUCGCCCUUGAUAUAGUUAUUGAACCAGUUGAUGUUGUUGAGCCAACGAUUUCUGAUGUUAUUGAAAUGACUGAGCCGACAAGUACUGAAAUAAUUGAUAUUAUAACAGCUACAUUGGAUUCACAAGAAUCAAUUGAAACAUCAAACUUUGUACCUGAGGAAACCAUUUUAGAAGAAUCAAUAUCAGUGGCAGUUGAAACUCCAAAUAGAACUGAAGUUCCGACUGAAGAAACCAUUUUAGAAGAAUCAAUAUCAGUGGCAGUUGAAACUUCAAAUAGAACUGAAGUUCCGACUGAAGAGACUACUUUUGAAACAGCCACUGACAAUAUAGCAUCGAUUGGAGAAAUAAGUUUGAUCAAUGAAGAGACCUUAUCUACAUCAGAAUCUAUUAUUCAAGAAACAACACUAGUUGAAACGGUACCAACUCCAGAAAGCUCAUUAAUGGCAAUGUCAAGAGACUUUAUACUUGAAUCAGAAACUAAUACAAGUGAUGAAAUACUUGAAACAGAAUCGACUGAGAAAAUUGUGAUAAAUGGAGAAGAAACUACAAUAAUUCCAUAUUUAUCAACUAUGAUUUAUUGGAAUGCCACAACUACAGAUGACACUGUCACUACAAUUGCAAUAGAAGACUCAGCUGGAUUAUGUACUACAACAUCGGAGAAUGACUCAAUCAUUCCUAGUACUACGAUCAUAGAUGAAGGUUUAGAUACAUUUAUUUCCACGACAACAAGAAGUUCAACUGACUUUUCAAUUUCAAUUGAUACUUCGACAGCUAAAGCUUCAGAUUUGGAAACUUCAAUGAUCGUUCUAUCACAACCACUGAACAAAUUUGACUCAAAUCACCUUGAUCAAUCUACAAACAUCUUUACUGACACUUCGGUAAAUACUUUUGUACAACCAAAUUCAGCUACUGUUAAAUCAGGUCAAGAUAAUACUAAAUCAUCAACAAUCACAACACAAGACAAAUCAUUAACUAGUAAAACCAUUAAAGUUAUAACAAUUACAUCAUGUAAUUCAUCAUGUCAAAACUCAUUAAUUUCAGAUAAUAUAGAUUUUGAAUGUCAAGAUGAAAAAUGUAAGUAUACUGAAACUUUAUCCAAUACUAUUGAAGAAAUUGUUUCUACUUCCUUAGUCAAUGAAAUUCAAGAAUCCCAAUCAAUUAUUUCAGAAGAAGGAAAUCAUACAGUAUAUGCUGGUGGAUCAAAUGGCUUUAAUACAAUAAUUCCAUCCACUUUAAUUUCCAUUUUAUUAAUUUUAUUCAUUUAA